UUCAGUUACUUUAAAGGUAAACUAUAUUCACAUUCCUGGGUGAAUGAUGCACACUAAACACACAAAAGAUGUCCUAUAUAUAGUAGUGACAAAUAAUCAGAAUGAAAUCAAAGACAUACCUGACUUAAAAUACUGGCACCGUCCUUCGUUAUGACCUCCUGAAUGACUUUGUGCACUUUCUUUUUUAUAUCAGGGGUUUGACCAGAUUGACUUCCUGUUACACUUCCUAUUACACAUAAAUAACAGGUCUGAUGACAACUGCACGAAAUCUCCAGGAUUGAGCAUGUCACCGAGAGUGCAGAGUUUAGGAAGCCUGGUUACGUCAAACACGUUUGAAGUUAGAUUGUGUGCAAAUGCACUAGACGUUGAUAUGCGACUUGUGUAAUUGAGCAGCCUACACUGCAUCCCACCUCAAACUGCUGAAUGAAAUCAAGUCUUUGACUCUCACUUCUACAACAAUGGGAUAUGGUGUGCAUUAGCUGGGAGGAGGGAAUCAGAGAUCUGUAAACAAACAGUCCUCUAUUAGAAAGCCGGGUAGCAUCAACAAUGUGUUGAAGGGAGUAGAGUGAAUUACUACUUCCUGGAAAUCCUGCAAAUGACAAGAUGUACGGUAUUUGACCUGUGAUGUCUAGAAGUUCCCUCCAUUCCUUUUUAUUGCAUAAUGCAAAUUAUUCUCCAUACAGGACACUUUUUUCCAUGGAAUAAAAACACGUAUUCUAUUCCUUUCUAGCGGGUUUCAUUCAUUUGGUUCGAUAGCAUGCAAUAUUGUCCGCAUAUCGUUUAUCCUAUGUGUAUUACAUCACUCUACCCAAGAAUGUGCGUUGAAUAUGGUUUAGGAUAUGGCAUGGUUGUCAAGACAACAUGAGGACAAUUUGUAAACAGAGGUAUAAAAUUUGUUUUCCUAUUUCUUCUUUUUUAUUGAAAUAUUUCAUGUUAGAAAUUGGGCAGUGCUGAGCAGCAUGGUGGUGCAGUGGUUAGCACUGUCACCUCACAGCAAGAAGGUUCUGGGUUUGAACCUCACGGCUGACGGGGGGCUUUCUGUGUGGAGUUUGCAUGUUCACCCUGUGUCCCCGUGGGGUUCAUCCAAGUGCUCCGGUUUCCUCCACAGUUCAAAGGCAUGCACAUGAGGUAAAAUACCCAGCCACUGGGGUUGUACAAGCCAGUGCAUAGUAAGUGCUGGUCCCAAGCCCGGAUAGACUUAGGAAGGGCAUCUGGUGGGAAAAAUAAAACAAAAAAACCUAUGCCAAAUCAAUAUGUGGAUCAUAAAUUGGGAAGGAUGAUCCACUAUGGUGACCCCUAACAGGAGCAACUGAAAGAAGAAUAAGUUUGGCAGUGCUGAGUCAGGAUUGCCUACGUGGUCAAACUGAAAUCUUUAAUGGUGGGAAGAAAUAGCGCGGUCACUGUGGCCUCAUUAUUGCAAAAAUAUCUACGUACAUGUUGCAAACAAUACCAAGAAGUUUUGAAACUUUUUUUUCCCCUUGCAACAGUUUUCUUUUUGCAAUAAUUCUUUUCAGACAGCAUUUUUGUCACAUUUUAUUGCUUGUCCUAGAACCUACACUAUACAGCCAAAAGACUAUGUAAACCUGACCAUCACAGACAUACAGUAUGUGGGUUUCCCCCAGACUGCUGCCACAAAGUUAGAAGCACACAGUUGUCUGGAAUGUCUGUGUAUGCUGUAGAUUUACAAUUUCCCUUCGCUGAAACCAAGAACUGCAAACUUAUUGCAGCAUGACAACACCCCUGUGCACAAAGCAAAGUUCUUGAAGACAUGGUGUGUUAAGGCUGGAGUGGAAGAACUUGAGCAUCCUGCACAGAGCCCUAACCUCAACCCUACUGAGUACUUUUGGGAUGAACUGGAACACUGACUGCACCCGAGACCUCCUUAUCCAGCAUCAGUACCUGACCUCACUAAUGCGCUUGUGGAUGAAUGAACACAAAUCCCCACAGCCACAUUCCAAAAUCCAGUGGAAAGCCUUUCCAGAAGAGUGGAGUUUAUUAUAACAGCAAAAUUAUUAAAAAAAAAAUUCUCCGUGCUCUCACGGAAGGCGGUCGCAUUUCUCUGCUCUCCUCUCCUCUCCUUUUUUUCCUGCUUGUGCUCUUUGUUUCAUCUCGUCUGCCUAUACUUUUUUUUUUUGAGAGACUCUCUCCGCAUUGAAUUUCUAAACUAAAAAAGCAUGGAUUUGAUAAACUGGUCUCCUAACGAAAUUGACACAGUUUUCUCAACGAGAAGCCUGGGUUCGUGGUAACCCACAUGUCCUGCCGGAACGUCUGUGGAGGACAUUGAAGAUAUCUACCUAUUCGGAACCAUGAUUACCGGACUUUUGCUGAUUGGAUUAGGCAUUGCCCUGGUAUAUCGAGGAAAUCAGACAACGGUGACAGCUGUUCAAAGCCCCACAAAGCUGCCCGAUAUGAUUGAAGUGGUGGGCAAAGCUGUCGGCACUCAGACUGUGGCAGAACUUGAACCACAACAUGGUUGUCAUCUUGGAGAUGCUUUCGGCUUUGCAAGGAAUAAGUAUUUCGGAGACCAAAUGGAAUUGAAUUGAACAGAAUGGACGAAAUGGACAGAUAUGGACGAGUGGUGUGGACGUGUAAAGACUGCGUCUGUUCGUAAGACCAAACAAUCUCUAUCUUAUCAACAUUCGGCUCCCUGAACAGCACCGGCCUCAAUCGAGGCUGUUGCUGGGGCAACAUUUCCCCCAGAAGGUCACUGCUGGGAGACACUCUCGCAUUCUUCGCAUUCCUUCCCCAAUUUUCCAUGGUCGCCAUUUUUCACCCCCAGUGUGACAAGUGGGUGCGUGACCAGUGCCCUCAUGGCUGCAGGAGCGGAUGGCUGCUUGCUUGCGCUGGGUUACCUCUAUGUACCUCCUCCCCUCCCCUCCUACCCCCUUCCCCCUUCUCCCCACCCCUGAUUGCCGCCUCCUUUCUCCCCUUCCCCCCCUCAAGUCCCGUGUUUUAAAGUGUACUUGUGUUAUUGUGUGCUUGUGUGGAGGCUUUUAAAUGCUCCCACACUGUACUCCUGAUAGGAGCAUAGUGGGGGGGUGUUCUUUUUUUCCUCAUCUUUCCUCAUGUUACUACACAGCAAAUUUCUCAGAGUUAAUUUUCCAGUGUUCAGCAAAAGUGUUAAAAUUAAGAGUUGAAAUUACACUGCACCAUGUUGAUUUAACUCUACAGGAGUCAAAUAUGUAAUAGAGUUGGAGUUGUUGAGCGGUGUUUGAUGCCCAACUCCCCUCAGAGUUCUAAAAACCACGCCUCUCCAAAAUGUUCUAACAAUUUUGCCGCCUGCGAAGACGCCAUUUUCUCGGCGUUGGAGUAUAUGGUAAGUCAUACUUGGUAUUUCAUUUUAUGUCAAUUUGUUCGUAAUUUGUUACAUGUUGUUUGUGAAGUCAAAAUUAUGUGAAGUAGUCGACUGGAUAAUUUGCACUGAUUUGCAGUUGACUAUGACGUAUGUUAGCGACAACAAAGUGAACCGAAUGGAUAGCAAAGAUUGGCUAGUAACCUCAUGUUAUUAGCUAGCUAACGGCAGGCUAGUAUUGGUUUACAGGUAUAUUAACUAUAAUGUAGUACUUUAGCAAACAUGGAGAUAUUCGAUGAAUUUCAUUGAAAUGUGAAAUAAGGAGCCAAUAAUGUUGUCAGAGCCUACACCAUUAGAGUUGUGUACUUUAUUUCCCCCCUUUCUGCAGAAUUGAAUUGAAAGAUUAGAGCAGCCAGUCUUUCAUGAGUGGAGUGCUGGUGAUGUUGAAUCUGACUAAAGGCAAUGUUAGUGAAAUUCUUCUACACAUGGCUUGAAUAUUUCCUCUGACUGAUUUAAAAUGUCAGAGAUUUUCAAGUGAAGCUUUCGUUUAUGUUUGCUAUCAGGCUAUCUGGUAACAUAACAGUGAAUGAAAUGGCGUGACGGUGCCAGAGGAUAAACAUAUCCGGUUUGCCGUGAGGAAGUGUGCAACUUUUUGAAUGGCUCAAACAUAAGAAUGUCUCAGCAAUGUCCCUUUAAUAUGCUACAAAACCAUCCAUAUAACGCUUCGUUUUUCUGUGUUUGCAGUACAACUGGAAUAUUAUCUUUGGAUUUUUGUGGUGCAGUUCCUAGCUUGGGUCUUAAAUUUGAUGUCUGAUACCCAUCCACCCCUCCAUCUCUCUCUCUCUCCCUCCCCCCCCAAGUGUAAGUAAUGUCACUGAAGUGGGUUGACUUCUUUCAGAGAAUGCUUGUGAAAGUUAAGUGCCGAGAAAACAGAAAUAUGUGAAGAUCACAGAGAGUGAUGGGACCUAUUGUGUAAACCAGCAGUUUCACCAAGCAGUCAUAGAGAAAUUUGGUCUGCCUCCCUUCACUGACAUCAUUUACAAAGACUCCUCAGGAACAGAACUGGAUGCAGACAUCUUCUCCGAACUGUUGGAGAAGGGAGAGGAGUUGAUAACAGCUGUUGUGAAUGAUGAUUCAGAGGAUAUAUCUUCUGAAGCAUCAUGCUCAGACGCCUCUACAGUUAUUUUGGAUGAGAUUCCAAGCAAGAUAUCCAGACAGGAUCAGACCGAAAGAGAAGCUGCCAAAAAUAUGGUCAGUCAAGUUCUUCUGAGAAAACCGGGGGGAAGAAGGUUUUUCAGGAGUACCACAAAACAAAGUCACUGACUGGUGCAACAAGGAGACUGCUUGUCAACAUCUUGGUCGCUGACAUGGUGGAGGUGCAUGGAUUGCUACAAACUUGAAGUGAAGUGCACAGAUUACCUGCAUAUACUUCACCAAGUAGUCCUCUGCCUGGAGUGCACUGACUUUUGCAGCCUUCUUGUGACCCUUCGACAAUGGUGGAAUGAGAUGUAGCAGCAGGCACAAUGAAGCAAUAUCACUGUCCCAUCCUACAGAGCAAAAAAAAACAAAGAAGGUCUUCGACAUGUGCAGUGGACACCAGCCCUUUGGCAUCUUCAAUGAUGUGAGGCCUGAAGAACGUUGGCCACUUGGCCAAGAACUUCCCAGAUGUCUACUCUCCAAAAAGCGCAAGGAAGUCCUGCUCAAUCUGAUAUCAAAAGAUAAUAAAUCAAUGCUUGGUGGUCAAUCCUUCUACCAAACAGGUUACACAUGCACACUAACAAAAAACCAAGCACAUAAUGUAAGUAAUAAUGAAAUCAGUUUCUGAAGCAAUAACAUUGCUAUAAAAGCCCAACAGUAGUUAAAAUUGGGCAAAGCCGGGUGUUUUGGGGUGUUAUGGGGUGAUUAUUUGAGCUAUUUGUCUUACCUGUGCCAGUGUGGAAUGUUUGUCUCUCUGAUUAUCUCUUUCCCAGUUAUCCUCAGUAUUAUCCUAAAGGAGGAAAAAAAACAACAAAACGUCAUAAUUAAGGAGAGAGAGAGAGAGAGAGAGAGAGAUUGUAGCCUUGUCUUACCGGUGACAAAGUGAAAGGCUCUGCUCUUAACUCCUGCCUUUUGGUGGCAUACUUGCUAAGAAGUGCUUUCUUUUAAACAUAAUGGAAAACAGUGAAUCAUGCGGUUGCCAGCCUCACGCUCAAACCUGCUCCCCGCCUCUCUGGAAACAUCGUGAGAUCUCCAUCUUCCAGUGAGACACCUGUUACGUUCGAAUUACAACGGAAGCUGUGGAGUCAGGGGAAGCAAAGCGUGAGCUAGCGCGAGCGAGCCUGCUAGAAGAAGACCUCGCUAUCAUGGAAGAAACAAGAGUGUCAGAAAAGCUGGCUCGGAAGUUUGCUGUGGUACAGUGGUCGGAAGGAGACGACGAUGGCAAGUUAAGUGAUGUAAAAACUGAUGCCAUCAUAGGCUACGAUGACACAAAAAUGGGCCCUGAUGGGCUUCCUUUAAGCCCGUAUCAGGCUUCAAUUGAGUGGCGGCGUGGGAAGAGGCCACCAGGAGGUUAUCCCCAUUAUGCAGCUAAUGUGAAAUUUGUGACUGGUUCUCGUUAUGAGGCUACACGAAAAUUGAAUGAGUUAAUGAAAACCAAUAAACCAGCCCCUCUAACAAAGAGGAUCUCUGUGCCCCCCCAGAAGUAUGGGGAAGAAUCAGACGACACAGACACUGAAGACAUUGAAGUUCCUCAACAACCAGAGAAGAGGUUAAAAGUCUCUCAGGUUGAUCCUGCAAAGGAGUUUCUGAAGAUGUAUGGUGGGGGACCAGAAACUUCAUCAAACGAGCUCAACGAACUGAAAAAAACUGUCUCUGCAUUGAACCAGAAAAACAAGGACUUGGAGAAAGAAUGCCAAAAGUGGAAAGACUUGGUUCUUCAAGAUGUGCCAGGACUAAUUUUUGGCAUGAAGAAGAUUAUAUGUCAGCCUGCCUCUCCCAGGAUGCCCGGGUCAGAGAGCUACCCUUCAUCACCAUCUCUCCCCUAUUUCACUCAGUCCACCUCCAGCCCCUCACCUACUGUUUCAACGCAGUCUAGUUCACCUUCAGCCAGCUCCCAGUCAUCAAAGAUGGCGAUUGAUGCUGGGCGUGGAGACAGGGAUACAACUAGCUCUUCGCCAUCAAAGGUUGAGAUCUUUCGUGGCAGUGGAGUAAUGGAGGACAAACUCACCUGGGCAUAUGCAGUCAAUGCAAAUUCAGCUACCACAUUCGUGAGACACCUGCUAACAGCGGUAUUCCCCACUGAAGUGCUUCUAGUCAGUAAUCUUCAGGGGACCAACAAGGGGAAGGGAGAGGCUCGUCUCCCCCUUGAGAAGACCAAAGUUGAUGCCAUCUACAAUGCAACUCUGGAGAGAUGGCCAGGUACCCCUCUGUCCCUGAUAGGGAGCAGCAUCAAUGCGAAGAUCACAGAGAUGCGUAAUAAAGUUAAGCAACAGCAAUGAGAACAUUGAAAUUCAUGUUUUGUUCUUAAUAUCACAUUUCAGUUCAUAAAUAUAGUAUAUGGUUAUGUACAGUAUGGAUGUGUUCAUUAUGCCACUUUUGGCACUUUGUGGCACUUUAUCUCCUAAAUUGUGGGAAUGGCAGAAGGCUGCAAUGUCUGUAUAUUAUGUACAGUUAUGUACAGUAAGGAUGUGUUUGUCAUUCCACUGUUUUUCAAAAUGGCACUUUAUCUCUAAAUUGUGGGGAAUGGCAGAAGGCUGCAAUGUGUGCCAUUAAUGUUGAAAAUACAUUCUUUUUCAUGAACUAUAUGCCUAACCAUCACUUUUUUGAUAGGAUCAGUAGUACUAGUGCAAGUGAACUACUGUUUGUCAGUAGAGGUUUCAAAUAAGUGUGGUUGAAAUCCCUGUGUAUUACUCUUAUGAAAUCUCACAAUAAUACUUAUACAAAGCAUACACUGUACAUAUAAAAAGCAUAUAUGCUAUGUGACACAAACAUAUAUGAAAAUGAGUGUGUACAUAUAUAUUACAUAUAUAUAAUGUUCUGUACAUAUAUCAAAAUCUUAUCAAAACCAUAUAAAGACUGCACAGUUUUUGUAUACAGUGUAUGUGUGUUAGGUACACAGAUCUGCCUGUAAUGGUGGUUUAUCAUAUAGGAAUAACACAAUAACACUCAUGAAAAACAUACACUUCACAUAUAAGAAACAUGUAUGCUAUGUGAGACCAACAUGUAUGGAAAUGAGUGUGUACAUAUAUAUUACAUAUACAUACUUUUUAUUUCACAUAUCAAAAUCGUAUCAAUACCAUACAAAGACUGCAUUGUUUUUAUAUACAUUGCAUGUGUUUUACAUGCAUAAAUCCGUCUGUAAUGGUGUUUUAUCAUAUAUGAAUAAGACAAAAGCUUUAUCUGACAUAUUCUAAACUUUACAUGUCUCAUAUACUGGAAGUAUAUGUCACCAUAUAACUUAAUUAGUCAAUUCAUGUAUAUGUGUGCUUUAUUCAUACAUGAGGGAAAUGAGAAAUGGGCCACUUUUGUGAUAUGUGUCAUAUAAGAUAUGUAUAGCCAUAUAUGUUUCUGGCAGUAGAGGUUUUGUGUAAGACUUUUGUAUUCAUCCUUUUAGAAGUUUUAUGUAUUUCUUUUUCGUAUGGGUUUAAUUAGCACUUUUGUGAAAAAAAAUCUAAAAUUUAGAA